AUAUCCAAAGGUGGUCGGUUUGAGCAUUUGGGACAUUUCUAUGACACAGCUCAUGUCAGUGAUGUUGAAUUAGUAAAAAAUAUAUUAAAUGUUAUGAAAACACUUUUGUUGCAGAGAUGGAUAAAUUAUUUUAAUUAUAAUUAAGUCUCUACACCACAUAUUUCACUGAAUUACAGCCUGUAUGUAACCAGUUCAGCUGUGCUAAACAGGAAAUGGCUGAAGUCAUUAUUUAUAACAAAAAUAAUCCAGAUGUAAUUGCUAAUCUCCAUGGAUUGCAGUGAUUUGAACAAUUGUUGUCAGUAGUAACAGACAGUCGGGGGUUAAUCCUGUUGAGUUCACCUCUUUAUAAUUAUUGUUUGUAAAAAUGGCUCGUUACAGUAGAUCAGACCCAGGACUGACAUGAACCCAGUCUCUGUCUCCUCUCUAGACCUGGAUGUUAUUAAAACCAGUAGUCCAUGCUACCUUGGAACAGAAGAGGUCCAGAAGAUAAGGACCAAUUACAGAACUCUGGACUUCCUGGAAUUUUAACUUAUUGGUCUACAACUUUGAGUGGUCCUCACAAAGGCAGCAGUACAAACACACACACACACACACACACACACACACACACACACAGAUACCUUACCAUCUGUGACACAUGCAGCCGGUCAAAAAUAGCCCUGAACCAGAAGCCUGUGAGUGGACACAUUCAGACAGAGCUGCAGUUAGGACUGUGCUGUGACACAGUCAAAAGUGUAAAACCCAGACCAUGGAGGCCUGAAGUCUGAAGUCCGUGUCAGUCUGUCUGGAAACUUCUUGACCAGAGCGAUUGCUUUUCUCUACUCUUCAAAACCUGCGCAUAAACAUGGAGGCUUUUUCUGACCACUUCAUGGAAUUCCACCCUAUCCACGGCACCAAUGUCAGUCUGGACUACUCAGGGACCCAGGCCACACGGGUGCAGAGCUUCGCCAAUGGAGUGUGUUUCAGUAAAUACCCCCUCACACCGGGUGAGAUAUUCCUCAUAGAGAUCGAAGAUAAGGAGCUGGGCUGGUGUGGCCACCUCCGCGUCGGCCUGACCGCCAGAGACCCCAGGAGCUUAGACGUGGUGCCGGAAUACUCCAUCCCAGACCUGACAGACCACGGUGACAGCUGGAUCUUCGCCAUCACUCGCAACCACAACAAGAUCACAGAGGAUCCUGGGGUCCAGGAGGCCCAGGAGGGUGGUCAUAGGCUGGGAGGAGGAGAGGGAGAAGAUCAACCUGAAGGACAUGGAGAGAAUAAGGACUACAACGUGAAGCCAAAGUCGUUCUUCACUGAUUCUCACUUACACAUUGAGAACAUUCGCAUACCCAGAGAUAAGUUGGUUGGAAGGAGUCGUCCUGGACGCUACAGCCACAUUUUGGACGACCUGUACAAGACCAAUGCUCUCCCUCCAACAGCCAGACGCAGCAGGAUUGGAGUUUUGUACGUACCUAAAGGACAGGACCUGGCUGACAUGCACAUAGUCAUCAACGGCGAGGACAUGGGAGCUUCUGCCAAAGGCAUCCCCGCUGUCCAGCCUCUGUACGCGGUGGUGGACGUCUUUGCUGCUACCAAGUGUGUCCGGAUCGUGCAGGUGGAGUACGGAUUUUCUUCCCUCCAGACUUUGUGUAGGAAAGCCAUUCAGAAGCACAUAGUCCAUAGGAUGGCCAUCGACUGGCUGGAGCUGCCGGAGGCUCUGAAGCACUACUGCAAAUAUGAAUGAAGGAGAAAAAGUUAUGGACAAUAUGGAAAAAUAUUUUUUAUCAAAAGAGUUCAGUUUUUACAUUUGUAGAACAAGGUGUUUUUUUUUCUGUUUGCAAAUAAAAUGUUACAAUAAAUGACUGGCCUUUGUUUUUAAAACGUGCUUGUUUCUAUGCCUUUAUGAGUUUAGGUAGAACAGAAAAGUGACAUUAAAGUCAAAUGAUAUAUAUGACCUUCACGGUUAAUAAAAUUAUUUGAAAUAAUUUACGAUUUCUUAACAGAAAUAUCAUUAAUCUGGAUUACCAAUUACUAUAUCGUACAUCAAUGGUAUUCCUGAUG